GUGUGCCUUUAAACGCACUGGCAAUGAAUUCCUUACGAAGUAACAGUAACCGAAUGUCUAUUGUUUGCUUACACUGUCCAUGAAUAUUUCAUUUCAGCUGUCGACACCUUUUUUGAUUGGAUUGUUAGCGAGCGUUUGACUGUAUGAAAGCAGGCCUGGUUAUAGACAAAAGUCAAGGGCAAAGAAGAGUGUUUGAUGUCUUCUAUAAACGAAUUUUGGCUUUAACACCAAAACGCGUCUGUUUUUCCGUCGAAAACACCCACAGAAAAUACUCAUUUAAACUAUCUUAAAAUGAACAUAACGAUUUUAUACAUAAUGGGAAGGCACUAGUAAAAAGGACAAUGUAGUUUGUGAUUACAAAUUACGAACGUGUUAUUAAAAGAAAGAGUCAAUGAAUCAUCUGAACUUAUGCACGGAAAAACAAUUCGCAGAUUACGUUAUUCGGACAUUACGGAAUACCGGACAUUUCCGGACAAUUUCAUCUUGACGCCAAACAAGACGGACUUUGAACAGCUGCGAUUUCAUAAGCCGCCGGUCGAAUACAGUCGAACAUAUCCGAUUCUCAAAGUAGCGAAGCAGACGACAACUGGGAAAUCAAGAUGGCGUCUGGAUUCAAUACCGAACCUGGAUCGUCUGCCGCAGCAGACGUUAUUACCGCCUCUGCGGAAGUUGCCGUCGCGAGAAGAUACGUUUGAUACCGACUUCAUGAUGCCGAGUCGUGUGCGGGAAGUGCUGGAAUCAGAGGGUCUCGAACAUCGCGUCAUAAAUGGCGUCAUAGGGACCUGCGGAGCGGAAGUACCAAGAGGCGCAGAGGAAAAUCAAUAAUCCAGAGACAAUUGCUCAGCAGAAAGAAAAGCGACAGCGCGGUCCGAUCCUCCUGCCGCCGGUGAUUACCACAAAGAAGCCUGAUCCCCGUCCCCCGGGUCCCGGCCCCCUCCCUAACAACAACCCCUCCUGGCUAGAUCUAACGCGUCAGCAGCCGGUAAUGGAGCCGCGGCGUCGGGAGCUCUGGGAAAACCCGCCGACACCGGCGACUAGGGACGCCUAUCUUGCAUGGAACUAUGGCGAAAACCUUCGUCAGCCAGAGCACGAGUUUCAGGUUGAGCUUGACCAGAAGAAAUUUCGCGCCGCGCAGCACGUUGAACAGAUGCACACGGGAGACAACUUUCGUCCUCCAAGAGUUGUAUUAAUAUCUUCGAAGAUACCAAAAUGCCAUCUGCUGACGAAGAUUUACAAGGACGAUGUCAUACCAGUUUUAUACGAUUUCGAUUCCAACUCGUUCACAGAACUUCUAGAUGCAAUAACAAGACGUCUGGAUGAAUUCAAGAAGAACUGCAAAGCGCGGUCAAUUAUGGUGCUAUGUCAGGGCGGCCCUGGUUACAUUUAUUUGCUGCGGAACUACGCAGUCACGCCACAGAAGCUUCAUAAGCCGUCCUAUAGACCUGUCGUGGGAUUUUGGAGGGCAAUGGCAGGUCUCAUUAGCAAACUGAGCCCACUUGAGUCUGCAAUUCACAUCUUCGGUUUUAAUCUUGUCGGCAACGAGCAGGGCAAACAGCUGGUGCUAAUGCUGCAGAGUCUAAUGUAUCCAAACCUGGUACGAGUGGAACCCGUCACGGAAGAAACCGACGAAGGUCGCGAUAUAGUGAACCAGUAUUUAAAUUAUGGACGCUACAAGAUAUUGAGUAAGGACGCAAACACCACAAAAGAGGUUGACUUUCAGAAAGAGGGGAUAGGCCAGGUCAAACGGUUCCAUGGUCCUCCGAUGUUGCGAGUCGCUCGAUGAAGAGGAAUUCAGACAAUUAUAAAUUGUGCAUGGCGACUGACUGAUUCACGUAUCCAUAGCAAGGGCUUUGUCGGGUUAUCGAUGUGUUUGCCGACCGGUGCUUAAACUGUUCCAGACUGUUCUUAGUUAUAACCUGGCCUAUGCCCGCUUGGGUUUUUGACCAAUUGCAACAACAAGUUUUCAUCGUCUUUAUAAUGUUAAUCUAAGGUUGUUUGCCCAACAAAAAUGGAUUGAUUGGAUUAUGCAAUCAUGUGAUAUAUAUAUAUAUAUAUAUAUAUAUAUAUAUAUAUAUAUAUAUAUAUAUAUAUAUAGUAUCACUGAAGUUUCAACCUCGAUUAACGGACCCUGUAUGACUUUAAGUGGGUAAAGCAAAAUAAUUGGCUUAUAAGUGAAAUGUUAAUAUCCGUACUAGAUUAAGCGUUUUUGAAUGGUUGAGUUGUUCUUAUUUGAAAUUUGAAAUAGAGACGUUUUUGAAAUAAAACGAAACGUCGCCAUUUUGAACUAAAUAUUUUCUGUUUUGCCGACAGUAGAAUUCGACCUUAUUACAGUGCCAGUAUGAAAUUGACAAUUGAAAACUUGAGUAAAUUAUAUUACCCAAGGAAAUAAUUCAUAAUUAUUUCGGGCCUAUGUUUGAGUGUUUUGUUUAAAAUGUGUUAACUAACAUGUUUAUUUCCCGUUGUUUUCAUUCACUUGUAUACUUUAAUUUAUGUUUUUAUUUUAUAUUAUACAUGUAAUACACGUACAAACAAG